AUGGCCCCGGCUUCUUACUCUAGCUAUGUCGCAGCCAACGAGCACUCUCCGCAACCCUCCAACCUGGAGGCCGUUAUCGUCAUCUGCAUCGCUCUCGUCUUCGUGCUCUUCUGCUCUGGAACCGCCGCUCUCGUUGGCUGCUACCGUCGUCGCACUCAGGUCAAGCCUUACGCUCGCCGCACUCAGUCUCGGACUUCCACCCCGGUCAUGGUCGACCUCGAGCGACAGGCUUGCACCCCCGACGGCACCGAUGGCGGCAAGAACAGCCCGCGCUUCCUGACGUUCCCGCCGCUUGCUGUGUUGGCUCGCUCCUGGUCAGCCUCUGGGUCCCCUACUCUGGGCAAGCAAUCUCUGGAGCUCCCUCCUCCUGCGCUGGCUGUUGCUCCUUCGUCGCGUCUCCGGGAUUCUGUCCUUUGCAAGGUUCUCGGCCAGCUCACCUGGCCCGCUGUGGAUAACGACAAGUCUGGGAACAGGAAGUCGAGGCGCAUCGUCGACGUCGAGGCUGCCGCCGACAACAACUCCCCGCAGUACGUCCCGGAAUGGAUCCGCCCUCACCUUGCCCAGAUCAACGAGCAGUCCAAGCGCGAAUGGACGCUCUACACGCCCUCAGCCCCCAUCGUCGUUCCGCAGAUCGUCAUUUCCUGCGACGAGGUCGUCCCCGACACCCCCUCCAGCACCUACUCAGAUGACUCUACGGUAUCCGAGCUCGACACGCCCCCGCCCAUGACGCCGACCCUGUCCUCCCCGGUCAGCUUUUUCUUCCCGGCGAGCCCGUCGUUCUCGGUCCGCGCGUAUCUGCAGGUGCCGUCUCCCUCAUUCCAUGCGCCGCGUGAGGAGGCGAAGCCGGUGAUGAGGAACGUAUCGAACUUCUCGGGGAAGACCUUCGCUCUGGCGGCACCCACGGGGCGGUUCAGCAAGCUCAGGGAGCGACGCAUGAUGGUUCAAGCACAGGUUGUUAACAAUGUCAUCGAAGGCCAGCAGAAUCCGUCUUCCGCUACUCAAGCGACCGCCGUGGGCUAUCAGGUUGUGCACGGGUGCGGGACUGGUCCUAGGGUUCUUCGGGGUACGUCUGGCACCGUGGGCACCGCUCAAGUCACUGGGACUGGCGUGGUUGGGGUCGGCUUGGGUUUGCAACUUCGACCUCAGUUGGACUUUCAAGACUUUCACAACACCUCCGCUACCUCUGGUUCCUCUGGCGAUGACGCGACUCACGGGCCCCUUGGGUCGCUCGGCUUCGCAGGCUACUCGAGCAUGUCCAGCGUUCUCGAGGCCUCUCUCGCCGCCGACGUGGCUCUCCCUACUGCCCCUGCUAGCCCGGACGACGACCCCUACGCCGAUGCCUACGUCGCUAUCGCCGCCAGCGCACCCUCUGACGGCGAUGACCACGACAAGGGGCGGCCUGAACGCCUUGCACACCUCAUCGACGCAUUCGACUCGUCCGUUUCCCUCGCGAGCCUCGAGAGUGACAGCGCGCACGGCAAGCUCUGCGACAUCAUGGACGACUACCGCUACGACUACUUCGACGACUACCUCGACGGUGCCGAUGCCGACGAGUCCAUCAACAACGAGGUCGCCGUACACGAGCGCCACGCUGUCGUCGUCUAUGCUGUCUGA